ACAGUCCGUUCUUGGUCGUUUAAGUAAAAUAAAGAUGGUUGCUGUGUUGUGGGCUGCCCCUGUACAUGUUUUGGUUCUACUUUUUGAUGCAGAAGUGCAGAUCUCUAAAUCACAGAUUUAAAUGUGGUUUCCAGCAACCAUGAGUGAGAAGACAACAGACCUGUCGGCUCAGGAAGACGCCCUGGAGCACAUCGCUGCUCGCAGAGACAAACCCUUCCUGGAGGAACGGUUUAUACACAAAUUAAAACGAAAAGGUGUGUUUACCCGUGAAAACAUUAAACCUUCUGCAUUUGUUGUUGAAUACCGAGGAAAAAUCUGUUCACAAGGACCGAUUUCUGAAAAGAGACAAAAUAGUUUCAAAGGUUUCAUUUUGAAGUAUUCAUGGAAAGGAGAACAGUGGUGCCUCGAUGCUUCAGACGAGGGCGACUCCCUCGGCAGACUGGURAACURCGACCACGGGAGUCCWAACUGUCGGAUGAAGAAGGUAGUUUAUGAGGGGAAGCCUCACUUGUGCCUGUUUGCAUUGAGGGAAAUCAAUCCAGGCGAGGAGAUAACGUACAACUGCAGAGACUCCAGCAACCCGCCGCGCUUUGAGGAUUUUCAAUCUGGAUUAAGUUCUUCACGUGCAGACUGUAAACUAGCUUCAACACCRAAAAGAAGGAGAAAGAUGAAGACUGCAGCAGACUCUUACUGUGACGAGUCCUGCUCCGACUGUGAAAAACCCAAAAAGAUUCGUAAACRUAGCCAGGACAGUUUGCAGGUUACAGAGCUGGAUUCUUCUCAAGAAAUCACAGAAAAAUAUGUUCAGCGACUGGAGGAAGAGUUUCCAAGAAAACGUAACUUGAAUAAAAAACAUGUAUUAAAGCACAAAAAAGCACCUUCUACCAAGAGAGUUUUGGACCAAAACUAUUGUUUCGUUUGUGGGAAAGGGGUCGCUAAAAUCAGUCGUCACUUAAAAAGACACGCAAAUGAAGAGCCUGAGAUUGACAGGGCUUUUUCUUUUCCUAAACAAUCCGCUGAACGUAAAAAACUUUUACAAAUCUUCAGAAAGAAAGGUAACUACAGACACAGCGAAGAGGUGCUGAAGACUGACAUCGAAGUGUCGGAAGAAAAAGAGCAACCAGAAAGAAACGUGACCACUAGAAAAAGAUCCCAGCACUGCUCGUAUUGURAAGGUUUGUUCAAACGUGCGGAUCUGUUAAGUCACGUUACCGUCUGUGACAAGAAACCCUCAGAGUCGGAGAAGGUUACUCCUGAUGUGACGACGAUACUUUCCUCUCUGAGUCCAGAUGAGAUUUCACCUGCGAUUCAAAACGAUCGUCUUCUGCUCCAGAUGGCCAAAAGUUUGACCCAUAAGUUUGGGAAUGUCGCAAACAAGCAGGAGAGCAUCCGACAGAACCUGAGCGAAAUGGGGAGGUUCUUGUUAAAACUGCAAAAWAAGGGUAUGUUAAGUUUAGAGGACGCAAUCAAACCCGAGAACUUCCUCCACRUCAUUAGCUGCAUGAAAGGAAUGGUGGGUUUUAAUAAAGUAAACCAGACCUACAUCAAUCAGAGCCUUGCUCUCAGGUUAAACAAAAUGCUGAAGAGAAUCUGCAGAAUUGUCCUCAGUGACGWUGGAAGCAGUGAAACGAUGAAGAGUCACGCAAGGACAUUCGUGAAAAGCUGCGAUGUGGCGUGGAGUCGACACGUCCCYAAACGAGCGACGGUGAUCAGCCCGUCUACGGUACCGUUCACACGGGACAUACAAACAUUUUACAAAUGCCUGGAUACGUUAUCGGCUUCUGCCACUGAAAACCUGAAAAGCGCUGUAAACGCUCAGGUCUACACUACUCUCUGCAUGGUGACGAUAGCACAGACCUCRAUCCUCAGCAAAUCUACUGCAGAUGUUUCAAAGAUGUCCCUGAAGUCUUUCCAGGAGAGGGAAGACUCUUCCCAGAUCGUGUCCAAACACUUCAUCAGGAUUGUUUUUCUGAGUGAAGGCGGUCCAAACGUUACCGUUUUGUUAACCUCWCAGCUUGUCAGUGCUUUGACACUGCUGAUUAGCAAGAGGCUCGCCUGUGGCGUGCAUGAAGACAAUCCUUACUUGUUUGCAAAGCCGGACGCGUCCCCCGMCAGUCACUACCAAGCAGGGCUCUGCAUCAAGAUGUUGUCAGGKUUGUGUCACGUAGAGUACCCGGACCAUCUUUGGUUGGGACAUCAUCUCAAGCACAUGGCGAGAGUCUUCCAGAUUCUCAACCUGGAGAAYGACGAGCUCGAGCACCUCGCCAAACUGCUCGGCCACGACAUCCGCUCRGACCGGGAGUACUACCUAUCACCGGAGGCGGCGGUUGAACUCGCCAAGAUCGCCAAACUGCUGUUGGCGAAGGAGAAGGGUUCUUUGGAAAAGUCUGAAGGGAGCUCUUUGGACGGGGUCRAGCUUGAAGAUAAACUGGAACCAGAUGUGGAGCAGAGCAGCGGUGGGAAAGAUGCAGAACAGACAUUUGAGGAGGAGGCACUGGAGAACAUAAGGACACAGGAAGACAAACCGUUCCUCCAGAAGAAGUUCAUUGAUGCAUUCAAAGGGAGAGGUGUGUUCACCCAAAAACGCAUUGAGCCAUCCAGUUUCGUUGUUGAGUUUCGGGGGAACGUUUGUCGUCUCGAGGACGCCCCUGAAGAGGGGUUUGAAGAUACUUUAAAUGGUUUUGUGUUUGAUUUUUCAUGGAACGGAGCCAACUGGCGCCUUGAUGCUUCAGCUGAGGACAGGAGUUUAGGAAGACUUGUUAAUGAUGAUCACRUCAAUCCAAACUGCAAAGUGAAAAAGAUUGAUUACGAGGGGAAACCUCACCUGUGCCUGUUUGCACAGAGGAAAAUAUCACCUGGAGAGGAAAUAACCUUCAGCUACGGGAACUCUUCCUACUCCUGGCGCUCAAAUGAAACCGGUGAAGAUGAGAACAUGUCAGAAGCUGCAGCGUCUUCCUCAGUGGAUCCAAGUGUUGACAACUCUGAAGAAUCCUCCAGUUACAGUCAAUCCUCYGGCGAUGAAUAUGUCUGCGAUGAAAAACCAGACAGUGAUGACAGCUUCUCAGAGUCCGAAACUCAACUGAACGAYGAGACUAAUGAUUCGGACUCUGACGAGUUGGAAACCCCCACCUGCACUACCAAGAACUUCUGUUACUUUUGUGGAGCAUCUGCGAAGAAAAUGUCCCGUCACCUUUUCACCCACAGAGAGGAGGAGCCCGAGAUUGCCGAGGCGUUUUCUUUACGCAAACGAACCAAGAGACGGAAAAAAAUUCUGAGGAAGUUCAUCUACAUAGGGAACCAGAAACACAACGAGGAGGUCUUAAAGACUCAGAAAGGAUGUCUGAAAGUCAGAAGGAUGUCRUCAGACCCGUUGUUUCUAGAAAAGUCUGCCGCUUGCAUUUACUGUAAAAUGUUAUUURUCCGCAAGAGUCUUUGGAAACAUAUACGUACAUGUCCCCUAAAGGUCUCAACCCCUCCAGCAGGAAGUAGAACACAGAUCCUGUCUUUGGUUUCCACAGGAUUAACRUACCCCCAGUUCAUGUCUUCAGAAGUGAGGGAGAUUUUGGAAAAACUGGAGAUUGAGACUGAAUCUUCAGUUUUYAAGGAUAUUUACAUACAGCAGCUAGCACAGUGUUUUGAUUAUCUGUUCAAGGGAAAAAACAAAGAACAAGAAAUCAGGAGGAGGUUGAAGYUAAUGGGAGACCUUUUGUCAGCAUUAAUUGGAAAGUCUAUACUGACCUUUGGGGAUGCUCUAAAACCUCAGAACUUUGACAGCGUUGUUGAAGCCAUCAAGAACCUGAUAGACUUCAACAACGAUAAGAGCAACUACAAAAAUCGCUUGUCAUUCCUGGUAACCAGCGUCAGGAAAAUGGCUGACAUUAAAUACGCCAUGGCUCUGAAUGAAGGUGUCGACAUAGAGAUGAUGCAGGAAGCAGAGGAGUUCAUAAAGCUGUUUGUAAAAGAAUGGCACAUCAACGUGCCAAUUCAGCUGAAAGUUCCCUGCCCAUCGACUCUACCCUUCAUCCAGGAUGUUCAGAAUCUUUACAAAYACUUACAUGAUAUCCUAACUUCUGCAGUCAAAAGUAUGACCUUGUAUGCAAGUAUGCCCGUCUACAAGGCACUWCUCAAAAUUAUCCUCGCGUAUGUGGUAAUCUUGAACCGAAAUGUCCAAGAUGUCUCAGAUGUGACCCUCCAAUCCUUCCUGGAGAGAAAUGAAACCAGGCCGCUGGAAGGCUCAAAUGAAACCAGGUUGCAAGAAAGCUCCGAUGAAACCAGGCUGCAGGAACCCCCAAAUGAAACCAGGCCGCAGGAACCUUCAAAUGAAACCGAGCUGCAUGAACCAUCAAAUGAAACCGAGCUGCAGGAACCCUCAAAUGAAACCGAGCUGCAUGAACCAUCAAAUGAAACCGAGCUGCAGGAACCCUCAAAUGAAACCGAGCUGCAGGAACCCUCAAAUGAAACCAGGAUGCAAGAAAGCUCCGAUGAAACCAGACCUCAGGAACACUCAAAGGAAAGCGAGCUGCAGGAAAGCUCAGAUCCUAACCGGUCAGCUGAGGAUUUUUUGUCCAAAUUCACUGUGAAGAUUAGCGUUGCCAAUCAAAAAGGAAAAAUAAAGGAUCUGGUCCUGACCCCUGACCUACUUGCCGCCAUCACGUUGCUUGUGGAGAAGAGAAAAACCUGUGGUGUACCUGAAAACCACCCYUUCUUAUUUGCAAGACCGGGCACCUCAUGUUCAGACGUGCUCAAACCAUCGAAAACAAUCUUCGGUUUUCUAAAAUUAUCCCAAGUGAAAGAUGCAAUGAACAUCAGGUCUCCGUAUUUUCGUAAGCACACUGCAACAAUUUUCCAGAUUCUUAACUUAAGCAACGAGGACUUCGGUCAGCUAGCCAAGCUGCUGGGCCGGGACAUUCGAACCGAGAACGAGUUCUAUCAGAAACCGGAGGCAGCUCCAGACGUCGCACGAAUCUUAGUUCUGCUCUCUGCAGCAGAGACUGGAUAUCUGGAAAUAUUCGAUGGGAAAUCUUUGGAGGAAAUAGACGUUCCAGAUAAGCUGCAGCCGGUGGUGGAGUCGCAAAAAAAAAAAUCUAAAACUUCUCAGGAGGACGGUGUUUCUACAGCUUCAAAAAAAGCAAAAAGAAGUUCUUCGGCGAAGAGCAAAAGCAAGAAGGAGGAGAAAGAAAUGGAGGAAUCUGAGCUGAACGAGAACAGCGAAACAGAAAUGGAUCAAAUCCCAGAGGAGAAACCAGAGAAGAGUGCAGAGGAUGCUUCUGAGGACACGCCUCCUCAGAGCAAAGACACACCUCCUCAGAGCAAAGACACGCCUCCUCAGAGCAAAGACACGCCUCCUCAGAGCAAAGACACGCCUCCUCAGAGCAAAGACACGCCUCCUCAGAGCAAAGAGACCGCACCUCAGAUUUACUUCAGUGACGAUGAUGAUGAUGACAUGAACGUGGAGUUUAACAUGGACUUCGACACAGAUGGUGACGAUGAUGAUUAUGGCUCAAACAGAUUGGAAGUGAAGCCUGAAGAUAAACCUGAGGAGAGGAAGCAGAAAGGUCCUGCAGAGGAAGAGGAGUCAGAGAGAGAAGAUGAUGAAGACGAAGCUGAGGAAGACACCUGGAUGGAUGUGGACAGUGAUGAUUCCUGUCCACCGAGGACAGAAAGGAAGAACAACUUAGCAGCCAUGUUGGAGAUGAUGAAAGAAAUMAAGAUAAUCGUCCCAAGACUCAAUCUCGAGAAAACUAAGUUUCCAGUCCUCGUUUCCAAGUUAAAUCUGAGUAGCCAGCAGCCGGUCGAUGAGCAGCCGAAGGACCAGCAGCCGGUCGAYGAGCAGCCGAAGGACCAGCAGCCGGUCGACGAGCAGCCGAAGGACCAGCAGCCGGUCGACGAGCAGCCGAAGGACCAGCAGCCGGUCGACGAGCAGCCGAAGGACCAGCAGCCGGUCGACGAGCAGCCGAAGGACCAGCAGCCGGUCGACGAGCAGCCGAAGGACCAGCAGCCGGUCGACGAGCAGCCGAAGGACCAGCAGCCGGUCGACGAGCAGCCGAAGGACCAGCAGCUCAUCUCAGAAGACCAGAGGAAACAGACUCCCACAUCCAAACAGGAAAUCAACGAGCCAAACGUCAAAAAGGCGGUCCUGAUGACGUGCUCCGGCUGUAAAAAGCACAUGAUGAAGGGACACACAGCMUAUCAGAAGAAGGGCUUCACUGAUGUUUUCUGCUCUAAAACCUGCCUGUUUGAGAUGUUUCCUGCCAACAAAGCUGCCUCCAGGACCUGUUUCUACUGCUUCAGGGAGGUGUCUCGGCCUCUGGACCUCAUCAUGGCUGCUGUGGACCRUAAAGGGACCAUGAAGGACUUCUGCAGCAUCACCUGCUUGUGUUCCUUCAAGUCGAAGCCCAGGACCCAGCAGACCCCUCCAUGCCACCCGACAAAUGUGUCCACGGCGUCCACGCAGACGUCCUCGUUCSUCUGCAGGACGUGCAGCAGCAGCUGCUCCACGGAGCUGGAGCUGGAGCUGGGAGACGCCAUCCACAACUUCUGCAGCGACGUUUGUCUGGACGCUUUCUGCCGGGACGCCGUGGGCGUGUGUGACGUCUGCAGCUCCACCUGCCGUCAGAACCGGCUGACGCUGCAGCUGGAGGACGGCUCAAAAACCCUCUGCAGCCCAGAGUGCCUGGUGGGGUUUAAAGAGACCACCGAGUCGACCCACCUGUGCUCGUUGUGCCGCACCUCUCUGCCCCUGAAGGACUUGGUGGACUACAGGAACCCUCAGAACGAGGUGAAGCUCUUCUGCUCCAGUUUCUGUGUCAGGUCUCACAAAGUGCAGCUCCAACUUCUGAACGACUCUCAAACUUCUGGACCAGGCCAGAGGAGCUCAGGAUCUCAGUCAGAGCGGACGUCAACAAACGACGGCGCGAAGCACGACUCAGACUCGGCCGUUAAAGACCGCCCUCACUCCUCGCUCGUUGAGACGGACGACGUGGCGAGGCUCGUCACUCACACGGGUCACGUGAAGUGCGGCUGCUGCUGCAGGAGUAUCGUGUCGGGACAAAAUGUUUUUCACAUGAAGAGAGCCAAGAAGGUUUUCUGCUCCGAGACCUGCGUGGUUGAGGCGUUUCCUCACGUCAGGUUUGACACCAGGAAGUGCUACAACUGCUGCCAGUUGAUAACUCAGCCUCAGAAAGUCAUCCUGGCUCCGGCGGACGAUUCAGGAAGUAUGAAGGAGCUGUGCAGCGAGACGUGUCUGUCGUCUGUGAAGUCCAAGAGGACUUUGUUCCAGUGCAAGUUCUGCAGCAACAAAACCUCUAAAAGAAGAGUCCUUCGGUCGUAGAGGAGGAUGUUAAAGACGUGAAGCCGUCGCUGAUGAAUUUACUUCAAAUCAAACAGGAGCCCAGCGAUGCGGAGUACACUCAUCGCUCUGAGUCUGUUUCCCCUUGGAUCGUCAAGAAGGAACCAGACGAGCCGAAGGAGGCGUUGAGGAUCAGUUCUGUGUUCUCUCUGUCGGAGGACUCUAAGCCUGCCCCUCCCUCCCCGGCCCAGGUGGACUCGCAGGCGUCCUGCUCCACCUGUCGGAAGGCUCUGAUGGACGGGGAGACGGUUUACCAGAGGAAGGCCCACACGGAUCUGUUCUGCUCCACUUCCUGUCUCCUGAGGUUCUACCAGAGGAAACCCGUGAAGAUGGAGUGCCACUUCUGUCUGCAGGUGAUAACAAACCCUCAGGACGUCCUCCAGGCUGAUGUGGACGCUGCGGGGACAAAGAAGGACUUCUGCAGUCAGACCUGCCUGUCCUCCUUCAACCACCACAGCACGGUUUCCACSAAGCGUCCUGCGGGUUCCACGGCCUCCCACUCGCAGUGCAGCGUCUGCAGCAGACACUGCAUCAGCAAACACGAGGCCAUCCUGCAGGGCGUGGUCCACAAGAUCUGCAGCGACCCGUGUUUUCACCGGUUCUGCACCAUCAACAACCUGUUCCUCUGUGAGAGCUGCGGCUUGCGCUGCACCUCACCGCUGCGCCUGAAGACCGAGGACGGCCGCAAGCUGCUGUGCAGCCCCGACUGUCUGAGCCGAUUCAAGCAGAAAACACAAACGGUGCAGCCGUGCUCCWUGUGUCGAAGCUCCAAACUCCUGUCAGACAUGAUGGAAAACACAAACCAUGAAGACGACAUCGAGCUUUUCUGCUCCAAGACCUGCGUGAUGGCGUCCAAGAUCCAGACCAUCAGUGCAUCAGGCGCGUCGUUGGACUGCGACAACUGCAGGAAGACGACCGCUCCGGUCUGUCACCUCGCCAUGUCUGACGCCUCCGUCAGAAACUUCUGCUCUCUGACCUGUGCCAUGCAGUUUAAGGAGACCCAGAAGGACCGGACCUCCAGUGAAACCCAAACCCGGAACGGUUCUGACAGACCCUCAGAGGAGCUCCUGUGUGCUCAGUGUCUGCAGACGAUUCAAACAACACCUCAGCUCAUCCAGAAUCAGAACCAGCUGGUUUACGUUUGCAGCUCCGCCUGCUCUCAGGACUUUAAGAGCAUCAACAACAUUGUAGGUCCAUGUGAGCACUGCAAGAAGCAAAAACUGAUCCACGAAGUGAAGAGGGUCAACAGCAAGAUCUGCUUCUUCUGCAGCAACGUCUGCCUCAGGUUCUUCCUCCAUGAUCUGAGGAGGAUGUGGGGUAAGGUCUGCUCCUCCUGUUCUUUCUGCCUCUCGGUCUCGACGGCGGCGGUUCAGGAUGAAGGUUCUGAGGAGGAGUUCUGCUCUGAAACGUGCCGAUCCAAACAGUCCCUGCUGCUCAGCCAGUUGCUGAAAUGUGACUGGUGUGGUCUCAGAGGAAGGCUGUCAGAGAGUCUUCCUCAGUCAGGGGAUGUUAAACGUUUCUGYGACCUGAAAUGUCUCCUUCAGUUCUGCAGAAACCAGGAGCAGCUGGUGGACUCGGGUUCUUCACCUCCCUCCCCUGCAGGAGCCAACCAGUCCUCACCUGUAAUAACAGACGUGGUCUCGCUGUCCAGCGCCCUGAGAGACCACCUGAACGCCAUGAGGGCGUCUCCACAGCUCGGACUCCUCACUGACAUCCAGACUAAAGUCGUUGGACAUGCCGGCGUGCAGACGGACCUCAAAGAGCUGAAGAAUAAAUUGACGCUCUGCGUUCCUCUGGUCCACAACAAGGGAGUGUCCUGUUCUGUUCAGACCGUAGAGACUGCAGCUCAGACAGUGGUUUUAAAAGAGAAGGUCCGUGAGAAGCUCCUCCCCAUUCCGGUUCCCAUCUUCGUCCCYGUCCCCAUGAACCUGUACAGCCAGUACACGCCCACCCCGCUGCCUCUGCCAGUACCGCUGCCGGUGCCRGUGUUCCUGUCAGAGAGACGGAGCAGCUCCGAGCCCCCCGAGGAGGAGGAGGCGUGUCCUGAACCUGUGGAGGAGGAGUUAAACCUCAUCAGGCAGGAYGGAAAGGAGCUGAAGGAAGAGGAAACAGAAAAAACUCUGCCCCUCAUCGACAACAUCAGCAGCUACAGAGACCAGUUUGAGACCGAUUUAAACAACCAGAAACAAGUCGUCUCRGACUCCAUCCUCGACUUGUUCUUUGAACCCAAACCUCCUAAAAUUCCUCCUAAAAGUUCAGCUGGAGACGUUCCUGAGGAGCGUCUGCCUGCUCCUGCUCCUCGUCCUGUUCAGGCCAUGCAGAACCACACGAGUCCUCUUCCUCCUGCACCGUCACAGGAAACAGCAGAAGAAGACCACAGCAAGACCCCUCUGACAAACGGAGAAAUGCUACAGCCUUCAGCAGCCGAAGGAGCUGAAGAGGAGCCAUCAGCUGAAGUUUCUCCUCCGAUGGUUCCCAGGGAAAAGAAAGAGCUGAGCGGUCAGAUCGGACUCAACGCCUGGAGGAGAUGGAUGGAAUGGAGAGGAUCUCAGACGGACCUGGCUGCUGCUGCGACGUUGAAKGCAGAUCCUCUGGAGUGUUCUUCAUCAGAGCUGAACGUCGGACUCUGUCGGUUCAUGAAAGAGACCAGACGUCAGCGAGGAGGUCCACGUUCUGCUGAUGUCAUCUUCUACCUCUGCCUCUGCAUCCAGCAGUAUUUGUGGGAAAACGGUCGUCAUGAGAACAUCUUCAGCGACCCGUCCUACCAGAAGUUCUCCUCGAGGAUGACGAGAAUCCUGAAACAGUUCAGAGCUUCUCUCUCAGAUGCAGGUCCGGUGCGCUCCUGCGUGGAGGAGGAGUUCCUGUGGGGGUGCAAGCAGCUGGGGGCGUWCUCGCCCAUCGUCCUCCUCAACACGCUGCUCUUCUUCUGCUGCAAACACUUYGGCUUCACCACGGUGGAGCAGCACCGCCAGCUGUCCUUCGCCCACGUCAUGCGCUGCACCAAAACCAACCCGGACAGCACCAAGACCACCUACCUCCGCUUCUACCCGCCCACAUCCACGAACCAGGAGGAGCCAGAGGCUGACGGCGUCCCGGCGAAGAAACGCCGCAUAAAGAAGAACUACCUGAAGAUGAAGGAGAACAAGAAGAACCCUCUGAGGUGUCCCGUCAAACUCUACGAGUUCUACCAGUCCAAGUGCUCUGAGUCGGUGCGGCGCCGCAGCGACAUGUUCUACCUUCAGCCGAGGCGCCGCUGCGUCCCCAGCAACCCGCUGUGGUUCUCCAUGACGCCGCUGGACGACGCCACCAUGGAGGCCAUGAUCGUUCGAAGCCUCGCCGUCCGACAGCAGAGGUGAGACGGACCACCUGCUGGGGGACGCUUCAACACUUCUGUCACUUCAAAAACUACGUAUCAUUAACACAACGGUCAGUUCAAACUUUUUCACACCAUGUUWAGAUUUUUGUUCAGCCUGGAUGGUUAUAAAAUAAUAAAACUUCAGGUUUUUUUUUGUAUUUUUCUAGAAACUGAAUGUUUCAUUUUCAACAGAUUUUGAUCAGAUCAGGUUUAUAACUCGCUGCUUCUGUUGUCUUUAUUAAAUGUUUGAAAAGUUUUUUUUUCAACUUUUCUCUGCAGCAUCAAUAAAAACCUACAAAUUGUUUAAA